AUGACUUUUCCGGUUUAUUCGCGACCUUCUUCACUGCUGACCAAAGAACUUCCUCCCGCUCCACCUUACACAGACUCUCCGUCCGGAGGAUUGGGCGUCAGUGUUUCGGAAACCGGUCUCGACUAUCGUCCGAAUCGCGCUAUUCACGGAAACAGCGACGCCCACCACACAGUGGAACCGCCUUUAUCUCCUCUACUCAGUCCUUCGUCAUCACCCAUUACUUCGGCAUCGUCCAUUCGCAAAACACGUUCGUGUAUUACCGACUUAUCGUUAUCACUGUCCAAUCACUCCCGACGAUUUUAUGCGUCCAAUCUCGGUCGACCACCGGGACUGUGCAAUAGCCCGAGAAACAAUAAAACCAAUCGAUACUCCAUGCCCCAACCUCAGCCACAACAGACGGCCUCUACACCUACCCACCAGAAAACAGCCCCAAUGAAAGAACUGCAAAAGGCAUGUGUUAUGAUCACCGAUCUGAAAAAGGAAAAUUUUGAUCUGAAAUUGCAGUUGUAUCAUUUGGAGGGACUGGUGGAGGAAAAUCUCGACAAGUAUCAAUUGGAAGAAGAGAAUCGAAAAUUAUGGAAUGAAUUACGAGAACGGAACGAGCAAGUGGAAUCAUUGGAGUUGGCGCUGGCGUCUCUCCUGGCGAAAAAGGAAGAACAAAAGAGUGUAGGAACACAGACAAUCUGUGUUGAUGUGAGUCUGAAUUCUCCGCCCGUGUCGAUCAAAAGCUAUCAUACGGCGUUUCCCGUGUCUCCCGAAGCAUUUGGUCUGAGCCAACGUGGAGUUGUGGUGCAGCGAGGAGAAGCCGACAUGUCCAUAGAUCAUAUGGUGACUGCCUUUCAAAGCGUACGGAUCCAAUCACCUGCACCGGUUCCUCGAGAAGAGGAUCUGCAACAUCGUAAUCACGGACGAGUGCGUGGUUGGCUAAGCCAAAUUGAACAACCUCUGAUUUAA